AUGACGUUUCCAGGCAGACACAACAUCUCUCCAAAGAAGAAGAUCUCGUCCAGCACCGGGAAUGGCAAUUCACACGUCAGAUCUCCGCUCAAGGGCAAGGGCAAGGACAGAGCAGAGGAUGGUGGCACUUCGGAGGCUCAGAAGGCGGGUAAGAAGGCGCAAGGCUCGAAUGAAAGAAAAAUGCAGGAUGAGGAGGCGCUCGCUAGGCUCAGGAAGCGCAUGGCUGGCCGUAAGUAAUAAUGAUUGCCACAGAUUGGGGCUGCCCUCAUCGGUAGUCGCGAGCUGAACUGCAACACCGUGUCUCUUUGUGUGGUUGCCGCUCCUCUUCAGCCUCCAGCGGCAAGGCUGGCUUGGCCAAGGAUCAGGAUGAGAUCAACAAAAUCGUGAGUGUAUAUCGUUGUCGUGCGCAUACAUGCGUUUAGACGGGCUGAACAAGCAGUGUUACAUUCCUGCGUAGAUCUACGAAGCUUCCAAAGGCAGUCGCUUCUUUCUGAAGGAAAAGGAGACGAGCGAGAGGAUAGAGCGUCAGAUCGAAUCCAUGUUAGCAGACAAGGAUGAUAUCAUGAGCCGCGUACUUCCUGACAGUGUAGAGUGGAGGAAUCAAGAGAAGAAAGUUGAUGUCAUGAUAAGGGAUUUGGAGGCGACCAGGGAUCUGAGCAGAGUUGUGGUGCAUGCGGACAUGGACUUCUUUUACGGUGUGAGUGGGCACACGAGCUUCUCGAGAGCCGAGCAGCUGGGCUGGACUAACCAAGCGUCUGGCUGUGGCUCGGCAUAGGCAUGCGAGCUCAAACGCGACCCAAGUCUGACGGGGAAAUGUUUCGGCGUAGGGCACGGGGUACUCGUCACCUGCUCGUACGAAGCCAGAGCGUUUGGAGUGCGCUCCGGUAUGGCAGGGGUGAGUGUACUACCAUGGCCUGGAGAGUAGAGUGUCCAAAUCCCGACGAAAUGCUCAAAAUAGCCCUUUCCUUUGCUCCAAACCAGCAUAUUGCCAAGGCUCUUUGUCCUCACAUCAUCCUCGUCGAUAACGACAUGAAACAUUACAUUGAGACGAGCGAAAAGGUGAUGGCCGUGAUGCACGAGUACGAUCCAACUAUGGCUCAAGCGUCUCUCGAUGAAGCGUGCGUGUGUCUCUGAGCCGUGCUGGUGGUGGGACGAAUGCCUAAGACUCUCUUGCUCUUUAUUGCCGACAGUUACCUGGACAUCACUGAGUACUGCGAGUCAAAUCGAGUGGAUGCCGAUGAGGCUGUCGCAAGAGUGAGUGCGCUCUUGUGGAACGAUCAUCGACAUGAGGGUCUGUGCUAAGACACUGCUGGACCGGACGUUGGCAACAUCACAGUUGAGAGAAGAUGUGAAGCAGGCCACUGGUCUAACGGUCUCGUGCGGUAUUGCAGCUAAUUGCAGAUUGGGUGAGAAGUCUGUGACCGCGGCCUAUUCGCUUCAAUGCGUGACUCAUUUUUCCCUUUUAACGACUCGCCAAUACGUCAGCCAAGAUCGCCAGUGACAAGAAUAAACCGAAUGGACAGUAUUUGGUUCCCGCCAACGCGACCGACAUUAUGCAUUUCAUGCACGACCUGCCAGUACGAAAAGUCAGCGGUAUUGGACGUGUCACUGAGCGCUACCUUGAAGCUCUAGGCAUUGAUGUGAGUCCGAUCUGAGAAGUAUCCAUAGUUGGAAGUGAUUCCGCUUCUUAUGCAACCAAUCUUGGCUCGCCAAGACAUGUGGAGACAUCUGGGAAAAGAGGGUCGUGCUGGCUUUGACUCUGAGACACCCAGAGUCUUUCUUAGCUAUUUACCUCGGACUCGGUAAGACGCAUGUCGCUCCUACCGAACGCGGUGAGUAGACGCGUCACACCCAUCGGCACCUAUCACAGCGCCGUCUCGCUCCCACAUCUGAUACCUGGACGAUUUGUCCCAACAUCGUGCAGGCUGGCGUCGAAGCGUGGGUCGAGAACACACCUUUACCCCUACUUCGAACCUGGAGGAGCUCCUGUCCGAGCUUCGAAGAUGCGCAGACAAAGUCGAAUCUGAUCUGGAAGAAGAAAGUUACCAUGCACAAAAGGUCACGCUUACCUGCAAAACCUCUUCGUACACGCGAUUUACAAGAGACCUGACCUUGGGACACAGAGUGUGGAAGGCGGACGAUUUGUUCCGGAUCACAAAGGAGCUGUUGCUAGCCGAGCUGAAGGAGAGGAAAUUGACUUUGAGACUGAUCGGGGUUCGAGUGAGUGGUCCAAUCACUCUGGACAGCUCUUAACCGUUUGACUAUUGACUCUUUUAAAGCAUCUUCACCUGACCAGGCGGGAACGCUAAUCGAUCUGCGCAAGAGCCAAGCAGCGGGAAGCAUAGAGAAUGCGUUCAAACGAGCAAAGGCUGCACCCUCAUAUUCCACGGCGGAAAGUCAUGCAGAGCAGGAGCGUUUGAUUGAAGAUGAGGAGAGGCAGCUUCGCUUGGCGAUUGAGGCUUCUCUUCAGGAUCGUUCACCAGAGGACGGCCCCAGCGUCGAAGAACGGUUAGUGCGGGAGAUCAAGACAGAUCGCCCAGUUAUUCGCAACAUGAGAGACGAACGGCAUGACCUGUUGGUGGACGACUCGAACUCGAUGCGUUCUGACUUGGUCAAGCUCGAAGAGCACGAAGAGGGUGGGGGUAACUGCCCCAUUUGCGGCAAAUGGGUCCACUGGCCGAUGCAAGCGACGGAGAGCCAAGCUGCUCUCGCCCUCGACGAACAUCUUUCCGAAGAUUGCCAAACCGGUGCAAACGCAGAAGCAUCCGGUCGAGACAACGGUGGCACUUCCAGACUUGCUCCCAUAUUUGAUCCUCGGUAUGCUGCACGCAAAAAGAAACGCAGGAUAGACUCUUACUUUAUCAAACCUGCAGGUUCUUGA